CUGAACAGCUCCGUGCAGCUCUCCCUGUUGACAUCGUGGUCUCAGUUACACAGGACGAAUGAAGGUUCAGAAGAACUGUUGUUUAUUUGGUCAGAGAUGUUGGUCGGUUUUUCUGUGGCUAUCGUGUUGUUGCCAGGAAGAUCACCAGGUUUUAAAGGAGACUCAAAAGAUGGAUAUAAUGGAGGACAUCCCUGUUCGUGCUGAAAAGCGUUUGAGGGAGGACUGGGCCAGUCAUCUGACUGCAGAACAACGGAUGGCUCCUGUGACAGAGAGGGUUGUGCUGCUGGUGUCGGAGUGCCUGGGUGGGGGUUGGGAGGCGGUUGGACUCCGACUGGGACUGUCCUAUGCUUGUGUACAGAGGUGUAAGCUGCCUCGCUGUAUGCUGGACAAGUGGAGGAUGAAGGAGGGUGGGAAGGCUACAGUGGACGUGCUGGUGAACGUGCUACAGGAGAGUGUGUAUACCUGUACAGUAGACAUGUUUGCUGUAGUCCAGUGUUUACAACAAACUACUUGAUGUUUCUAUAAAUCAAUCACUGGUAGUCGCUGCAGAUCGAUGAUAUCAUCUGUUCAAGACCAUCGAUUGUCUCAACAAAAUUAGUAAAUGCAUUAUCGUGUCUCCGGAGUUUAGGUCCAUCUAUCAAUUGAUUGGCUGUUUUGUUAAUUAUACAGGUCGCCGUCGCAUGGCAGGAGUACUGCUGUGCGGCGUCAGGCAAUAAUUUAUUUAUUUGUAUAAAACUUGAGUGAAUGUUGGGACAUGCUUUCCCUUUUCGCGAACACCUUGUAUCAUCACUGAUCAUGAUUGUCCAUUCAAAUAACAUUCACAGCUAUUUCGCCCCUUACUCCAAACGGAAUCAUAUUUUCUUGCAUUUAGGUUUUAUAUUUGCAUAUGACACGAACUUGGAUCAUAAAACAAACAUACAUUAUGGAGGUUCAUUAUGUUGGGGAUUACCAUUGUGAUCAUCUUCUGUGUGACAGACAUUAAGUUAUGAGGUCAAUAAUAUAUUUAGAACUCCCUGUUGCUGUUUCUGGUUAUGAUUAUUAUAUGUUCUGUUCAUUUUAUACAGCUGAUUGUUUUGACUUAGGCAUUCUUAACUCAGGAUUCAUGGUAUAUGAUCUUGUGGUUUUUACCAUUA